AAACAACAAAAAACCCCCAAACAAUAAACAUCCAGCAGAUACAAUUUAAAUGUUUUUGCCACCUUUUGGGGUGUGUGUGUGGCAGUGUUGGGGAUUGGACCAGUACUUUUGCAUGUUACACAAGUGUCGUUUACAUAUAUCCCAACCCGGAUACUAGGUGUUAUAAAAGGAUCCAAAGGGGGGCUAGCGAGAGAGCUCAACUGUUCAGAGCACUGGCUGCUCUUCCAGAGAUCUCAGGUUUGAUUCCCCGCACCCACAUCUGUAGCUCCAGUCCCAGGGGAUCUGACACCCUCUUCUGGCCUCUGCUGGCACUUUAUACAUGAAGUCCACAGGCAUACACCCAUACACGUAAAACUAAAAGGGUAAACUUUAAAUAUUAAAAAAGUAUUCAAAGCAAAGAAAACGGCAAUUAAUGUAAAACCAACCCAAAUAAUGAACAGGUAUCUAGGUAGCCUAGUUUAGCUGGGGCCUGGAAAAGAACAGAUCGGGUUUACUGGAGCACCCUGUGGAAACAUGAUGCCUCUCCAGUCACACUCUCUUGGCUUCCUGCUCCCACACGUGUGCCUGCUGGGAGACUGUCCAAAGGCUGUUACUAAUGUCCUGUGUUUACCAGUUUAUGACUUGCACAUGCAAGAGUGCACAUCUCCAGAGUAGGCAGCUUCAAGCUGGCCUUCAAAAUCGAGUGAAUCUCACCAAGGUACCCCUUCCUUUUCUGCUGCAGCCCCACAGGACAUGGAACAGAGCGGAAGAUGUGCUCAGUUUGGGUUCAGGUGCUGCUCUGUCUCUGCUCAGAAGGCAGCCUCUUUUAUAGGAGGUUUUGGCCAAAUUCAGAGUUUUUAUGUUGUGCGUACACAUGUAGAGACAUGCACAGCAUGAGUGUGCAGCUGGUGUGAGCCUCCAGACAGACAGCCUGACCCAGGUCACAUUCCAUCUAGGGAUGGGCCAGGCAGAUUUUCAAGUACAAAACUUCAGAAGCAGAGACACAGGGGAGGCUCUGUUACACCCUAGAGCUGACUCUCACAAGAUGAGGGAGAAAUAACACCUGCAUGGAGCAUGAGCUGUUCUAAGAGAAUGCCUAACUACACGGGGGAGGGGGGUUUAAAAAGUACUCCCCCCACACACUGUUAGUUUGGGGAAGUGAAGAAAAUUCCAUCAGAAAGCAAUAUCCUAGGAGGGAUGGAUGUAGAAGCGAUACCAGAACCUAGCUCUGGCCAUGGUUCACUUCCGUUUAUGAACAUGAAAUCAGAGAACUAAGUGACUGUCAUGCUGCUGCUGAUGUCUUACUGGCAAUCCUUUGUCUUCCAGGGAGAGGCUCCUUCAAGGUGGUAUCCUGCUGCUGUUCCCCAUGGCCUUGGCCAAGCAAAGCCCCUUUAGAGCAGGCACUGCCAUGCUAUUAGCUGGCCUGGCUCACUUGGCUCUCCACCUUUUUGUGCCUUUCAUGCGCCCCCCCUUUUUCUUAAAUUUUGAUUAGUGACUUGUAAGAGGGAAAGGUGUUCCCUGGUGUGCUGGCUCUGUCACCCACCAGCUCAGCCCUGUUCCCUUCAAAGGGCUAGUACAUUAUGGGGAUGGCCACUUGCCUGCCACCAACCAAACUAACAUGGCAGGAGGCAAAAACCGCUGACUUUGAAUGGCCAAGCAUUGCAUUUUUUUCUAAAGAAAAUGAAAAGGAUCCUCUCUGUAACUCACAACUUCAUCAGUAUGAAGAACUCGCUCUGUUCUGCCUGCAUCUGCAUCUGGGGUACUUGGCCACGCCCUACGGGAUGGGAGGGAUCCAACAUCAUUUUGUGACACCCCACCCCAGGAGCCCUUUAGCACUAGAAGCCCCAGUUCCUCUUCAGAUGCUGUUUCACCUCAGUGGGCUGUACUAUGCUCUGUACUUCCUAGCUACAUUCCUGAUGAUUGCAUAUAAAAGUCAGGUUUUCAGCUAUCCUUGUAACUGUCUGGUCCUGGAUCUGGUUCUUUUGCUUCUGAUGGGGAUUCUCGAAGUAGCUCGGCUAUACCUAGGCACAAAAGGCAACCUGACAGAGACUGAAGUGCCACUGGCAGCCAGCCUGGCAUUCACGGCAGUCAGUGGUCUCCUUUCUGUUCACUUCUUGCUCUGGCAGACCUUGGUGCUGUGGUUGGACUCAGUCCUCAGCACCAUUCUCCUGGUGUUGCAUGGGCUGGAGGCUGGAUUGCAGGUGGUGGUCAUUGCUGACUUCAUCAGGUAGACAGACCAGCAUAACCUACACAGCAGUGCUCCUCGGCCUCCAGCCAUCUCCUUUGCUCCCAGACACAAAGGGUAUUUUUUUUUUUUUUUUGGAUUGAUUGUCUAUAGAUGGGUUUAGAUGGCUUAUAAAUCUUUUUUAGUUAGGUGGGUACAGGAACCAGGGAGGGAAAAACUGUUAGGAGCCUAGAUGUUGAAGAUAACCAUCAUGGACAGUCAGUCCCAGAGAUGUCCACUCAUCUGGGGUUCUGGCUGUAGCAACAGGACCACCAGUGAUGGCCAGGCCAGUGGAAGAAGGCAAAGCCUUUCAGGAAGUCAACAGCUGGGGGCAGCCCAGCAGCUCCACCCUGUCUCAGCCCCAGAAAUGCAGCAUCCUGGCAGGAGGACGUGGCUGUGUUGGUGUGUCACAAGUGUUUUCUCACACAGGAAUUACUGACUUCCGUGCUUCCCACACUGGCCCUGGUUCUUGUUCUGAGAACCUGCUGUACUCUGUUCCCAGGCCUGGAAUCCCUCUGGAGCUUCAGGUUGGCUGGCCUUGUGUUCCAGUGUCCCCACAAGUGGACUCCCUGAAUAAAACUGUUUGGUUUCCAAAAGGAAA